AUGCUCGAAGACAAACUUAAUGUGAAAUGUGAGAGAUGGGAUAUUAAGGAUUGCUAUAGAAUUGGAGUCAAAUAUACUGGUAAAAAUCGUCCAGUAUCCAUUGAAUUAAUUAACUUCGAAUUAAAGCAAAUUAUACUAAAAAAGUCAGGAACAUUGCUAAAAGGUAAGGGAAUAUAUUUCUCUCCCGAGUAUACAAAAGUUGAAUAUCAAAAACGAAAAGCAUUACGUAACCAUUUAGUAUUGGCAAGAGGGAAAAAUCAUUCUGCUUACAUCAAAAACAACAAACUAAUUGUAAAUGGUAAAACAUACACGUAUGAGAAUUUGAUUGAAGAAAAUACCUUUGAAAAAAAGGACUUAUUCAAGAAAAACAGUGAAGAUCAAGGUAUAAACGGAAAAAACCAACAUCAAAGUAAGGGAGUCACAUUUGUCCCAAACUACUGUUCCAGAGCUGACGAAAACAACGUAUCGUCUUCGUAG